CGCCCAGCGCCCACCUUUAAUGUUCUUCAUUAAGUGUGCUCCGGAAGUUAUCAUCUGAUAGGAUUGAGAUGUUCUCAUCCAACUAAAAUCUCAAUGUUGUCAUCUGACGUGGUCAGCAUCGUUACGUCCAUGGCAAUAUAAGCGUUGCAUUGAAAGAUAAUAUAAGUGUUCUCCUUGAAAGAUAAUAUAAGUGUUGUCCUCCAAAAUGAUCUUCUCUCUGGUAAGAUAAUCUCAAUGUACACAUUUAUCAUCUGGAGCUUUAUUUCGAGUGCUGAAAUUUUCUAUGCUACGGAUUUCUGAUUGAUGUACGCCAACAUGAUGGAAGCCAAUGUCUUACUAAGAGCUAUGAAAUUAAGCGACAACAACGGAAAUGUAUGGCAGCUAGUUUAUGAAAAUGCAGUAAUGAUCUAGAAGUGUUCGUUUCCUUACAAGAUGACCCGGAAGUGUUCAAAGAAGGCUAUAGCCUUGACCUGGGCCCUGCUGGAGUGCAUGUUCUUUUCGUCCGUCGUGUUAGGCUGGACAUGGAUGUCCAUCGUCUUCCGGAGCGACGGCUACUUUCCGGAGUACUGUAACCGGACACUGGAGAACGACUCACUGCUGAAUGUUGCCGCGACCCAACUUCCCACCACUGCGGCAACGGUGGUGUCGAAAGGAGGGGUGCGCUGCCGUGUUUCAAGAGCGCCCUUCAACAAGACCACGCCGAGGAGGUGCAAUCUGAAAAGGGCGCCAAUGGAGGACGUACCAGCAGCCAGCACCAACAGUUAUCAGAUCGACUUUCUCAGAGUGGCUGACGCACACACUUUGGAAAGAUUCAAGAGGAGAGAACCCAGCAACAUUUCCAUCUUCACCACUCCGCUCAGCGUCACCGUGUCGUCCCAUGAUGCCACUGCAUCAACCUUCGACCCCGGGCGAGACGAGGCUAUGGGCCACUGCCGGGAGAAACUGCGCAUUAUGUUCGCCCUGGUGAUCAUCAUCCGUGAUGUGCUGACCUUUCCCCUGGGCUACACCUUUGACACGUACGGCACUACAAGGACACGUCUGCUGACAGUGUUGACUUUCGUACUUGGCACUUUAAUGAUGACCUUUACAAGCGGUAGCUUUCCUUGGCUUAUAGUCCCGGCCUUGGCAUUGACCGGCGUUGCAGGAAGUGCAGUCCUACUAACCAAUCUCCAGACGGCUAACUUGUUUGGAAGGAAAAGACACGUGGUCGUCUCCCUGUACGUGGGCGCCGCCUACUCUAACGGCGUAAUUACAUGGAUGAUGAAGUUAUCUCACUUCAGUGGUGUCAAUGUCCAGACGUCCUUCAUGUUCUUGACCAUCGGUAUUGUCCCCAUGCUGGUCUCCACGGUGGCCUUCCUGCCCAAGACUCACAUCCCUUGGCCACUUCCGGCGGAUUAUGGAAAGCGCAGAAAUCAGUCCCUGGAUGAGAAUUUGAUACGGAAACAAAGAGCUUGGCAGAGGCGUAUGUCAGAAGACCUUGACCCUGACAUUGAUCCACAAAUGUUUCCUGACUCCUCCCAACUUACCGAUUACGAUUCGACAGAGGCCGGUAUGGUCAGGUGCAGACGUCCUCCGCCCAGCUUCACUCCGUCCGCAGUCCAGCCGCUCUUCGUCUGGUCCCUCCUCUGGUACGGCAUCCACAGGCUCCACGAGGCUAUCUACGAGACAGGCGUGGUGGAGAUGGCAGAUCUGGAGAUCAUGGGUCCACUAGACUACGAGACGUACUUUGGUGUCAUCCAACUCCUCGGCAUCGUCAUUUCACCAAUUGUGGGAGUGCUGAUAGACAGACAUUACCCCAGGGAACUAGGUACCAGUCCAGCCACGCAGCAGAUGCAGAGAAUCAUUCCAGCCAUUUUAGUGACGUCGGCUCUGGCCGUGACGGAGAUAGCCAUCGACAUGAUUCCAGGGGCGGCCCCCAAAGCCAUCUCCACCCUUAUCAACAUCCUGCAUAAAGUCUUCACCCACACCACAAUGUGCGCCUUCGUCAUGCAUGUCCAUUUCAACCAUCAACACCUAGGCAAGUUCUACGGGCUGACAUGCGCAGUCAGCGCCUUAUUUUCAGCCUUUCAGUUCCCAAUAUGGAAGUUUUUAUUACAGAAAUAUAAAACCAUGUUACCGGUCCACAUCUUGCUGCUCUUACUGUCCAUCGUGACCUUUGUCCACGGGGUCAACGUUUGGCAGUACUGCAAGAAGAGGCUCAUCCGUGACCACUCGGACCAGUCCAGCGAAAGAGGGUGCCGGGCAGCCCCAAACCACCAGCCGCCGUCUUUUCUCAUCGAGACGGACUCCAGCAACCUGCCGCCCACCAAAGACCCCGUCAAGAUCAUCUUCACAGACGACAGCGGGGUCAAGCAGCAGAUUACUUACCCAAACACAGGUUCCAUGGAGAUGUCGGAAGUGACGUCACGGCUAGACAUGAAAAACGGCGGCGUGCACAUCAUCCUCGAGACUCCCGACGACGAGGGUUGCAGGCGUAAAGGCAGUCACGUGAACAAUGACGCGGAGGCAGAGGAAGAGGAAGAAGAGGAGGAGGAGGACGAUGAGGAAGAGGUAGAGAUGAACGUCAUGGAUUUCAUCUCGCUGUGACACGUGAUAGACGUCUGACACUCCAGGACACGUCCGGCUUGAGCGUGUCCCUUGAUCAGCGACCGACUCAAUUGGACUUCGCGUGACCGUCUGCUUCUCUUUCCAGGCGUCUGAUCCAAACGUCAGCAGUAGAUGGCGCUCUUAUUCUCUUGGAGACGCCUUCAUAUUUUGAUCGAUGUAUAAUCAAUCAGCAGAUCAUUCGAUCAUUCACUCACUCCGUCUGUGACGUUCGAUGAACGUCUUAUCUUAUUCGUCGCGCCACAAGUGAUUAUCAACUUUGGACGUGGCGCACUUCUUACACAAAGAAUUACAUGUAUUAGACGUCCUACACAACGUAAUACACAUAAUAGACGUCUUACAUAAUGUAAUACAUAAUACAUAAUGUUGGUUGUCUGUAUAUGAGAAAAGAGUCCUUGUUAUCACAACAAAUUUUCAUAAGGAUCAAUAAAGCAGUCUUGGUCUUAGUCUUAUGUGAUUCACAUGAUAUAGACGUCUUAAACAAUGUUAUAACGUCACGGACUAAUACACAAUGUGUAACACACGAUAGACGACUUAUACAAUGUGUAACACACGAUAGACGUCCCAUAUCUUCUUAUAUAAUACAGACGUUACUUCGUUACUUAAAAAAAGAAGAUAAUUACAUCCUACGCGUCAUGCACCUAGUCAUGCAUAUUAACCAAUGACUUAAAAAAUACAAUGUGUAAAACAUGAUAGACGUCUUACACACUGAGCUUCACAUGAUUGACGCCCAACUCUUCAUUGUGUAAAAAAAUGUGAAGAAAAAGACACAUACAAAGAAGGGAAAAAAAAGGUCCUUGACUUGUCCAAGUGAUGUGCUGUUACGGAAACAAAUAUAAAAAAAAAACUUUCGAUUUCCCAGCGUACUUUGAAGUUAAAGGCUUGGAAAACAAAAAAAUCUGGCAGAGAGCUUUUGUAGCUGCGAUUGUCUUUGUGAAUAAGUUGUACCCGGAAUGUGACAGCAUCUCCGGCAUUUAAAGAGCAUUAGACUGCAUUUCUCAAACGACAUUUUAAAAACUCUGUCAAUAUGUACAUACAGAACUAUUUCUCUCUCUAUAUAUAUAUGUAUUAUAUUUAAGUAUAACAAAUGAUCUUUUUUAUUCAUAUUGUAUGUAAACAUUUUGUGCACUUCCUACGAAGAACAUACAAAUGUUGCCAAAAUAUAAACUGUAUUUAUUCACACUUAGUUGUUACAUUAAAAAAAAAAAACUAACGCUUGGUGUCUCAUAUUAUGAAACUCUGAACACAGCAUCGAGUCCGUUGUAAAUACGUAUGAAAUGUUGCAAAAAUGACAUCGCUCUGUGUCUCGCUUGAACCAAGUCUUGAGUUAAUCUGAUGGCGGUGUGGCUGAGGGCAACUACUGUUUAGCUAAAUGGACUACUCAAGUUUACAACCCGAUAGAGACAGAAUAUUGGAAAUUGAAACCAAGCUGUAUUAUAUACAAUGGGUCUCUCCCAGAUACCAACCUAACUUAUAGGACCACAAAAAAAAGAAAGAAAGCAAAAAAAAAAAAAAAGAUACUUUUUAAAAGCGUGUCUAAGGGGAAAUAACCACUAAUUACUGUCAUUUAUCAUACUGUCAUUUACUGUUAUUUAUUAAUUACAGGGCUUAGUUCACUUUUUGUUAUUAUAUUUGUAUGAAUUAAAUAGUACUGAAUAAUUAACUAACUUAUUAAUUUUCCGAUUGAUUCAUUUAUAGUUAUUGAUCAAUGAAUAAUUAUGCAAUAUUUCGACUUUGAUCCGAGACUGGAAAGUGGGAGAACAAAUUGUUACCACAAAAGAGUUACAAG